AUGUUGGGCCAGGUCGCUGUCAUCGCUACCACUCUUGUGGCUGCCACCGCUGCCGUCCCUACCACCCUUGAUGCCCGCAGCAACGAGGACAAGUACGUUGCCUACUCUGGCAACGGCUCUACCAAGGACAAGUGGCCCGCCAUGUCUGACUGGGCCAGCUACGAUGAGCUCUGGAAGGCUAACAAGCCCUUGAUGGAGAAGUCUUGCGGCUACAACAACUGGGGCGCAGAGAACUCCAAAGACGAGAUUGCCGCUAUCAAGUCCUCCAUUGACGAUGUUGCCAAGAGCUCUGGUGUCGACAAGCGCUUCAUCCUGACCAUCAUCAUGCAGGAGUCCAAGGGCUGCGUCCGUGUUCCCGUCACCGACAACGGCGUCCGCAACCCCGGCCUGAUGCAGUCCCACGACGGAAAGGGCAACUGCGAGAAGACCAGCCCCUGCCCCAAGUCUGAGAUCCUCCAGAUGAUCAAGGAUGGUGUUGAGGGCACCAAGAAGGGUGACGGCAUCAAGCAGACUCUCAAGACCGCCAAGGAGAAGACCAAGGACGAUGGUGCCCGUGCUUACUACGCCGCCGCUCGUCUCUACAACUCUGGCUCUGCCGACUACAAGAACCUCAACGACGGCAAGGGCUCUACCCCUUGCUACGCUUCCGACGUUGCUAACCGCUUCACGGGUUGGACCCUUGCUGCCUCCAAGUGCACCGCUUAA